ACCGACAUCUCCUCGACGACCGCCAAAUAAUCCACCCGAGAGAAUCGCUGCCCUACACAGACCUGUCCUUCUCUCCCAGGUUCCGCAUAACCAAGCCUUAUCCACUCGCAAAGCAUCAACGCACCCAUCAUGUCCUGGCAAGCCUAUAUCGACUCGAGCCUGGUUGGCACCGGCCACAUUGACAAGGCCAUUAUCAUCAGUGCCGCCGGCGACAGCACCUGGGCUGCAACGCCUGGUUUCUCGGUGUCAGCCGAAGAAUCCAAGAAUAUCAUCGCCAUCCUGAACGAAACGGACAAGACGAAUGGCCCGGCGGUGGUCAAGGCUUUCUCCAACGGCAUCCACGUCGGCGGCGAGCGCUACGUCGCUUUCAAUAUCGAGGACAGGCAUAUCUACGGCCGUCAGGGCAAGACAGGGAUUUGCAUCGUCAGAACCAAACAGGCUAUCCUUAUCGGCCAUUACGGCGAGAACGUCCAGGCUGGCAACGCGACGCAGACUGUCGAGGCGCUUGCCGACUAUUUGAUCGGUGCCGGUUACUAAGGCAUGCCGCUCCUUUUGGUCAACAGCGAUGGGUUUGUGUAGGAAUCGGUUAGUGCAUACCUAAUAGACAUGAAGUCAAGGACCCAAGGAGGGAUUGGCCGUGCGCAUGAUACUCAGCGAAGGAGGAGCCUUGUAGGGCUGAAGAUGAAUUUUGACUGGCAGGGUAGCUUAUUUCCAGGUUCUCUUGUAGCAGCUAAGCUGAGUCGAGUUAACGGCCAGAAUUCUGCAUACUGAAGGCUGAGCUCCAGAUCGUACCAUAUCCUCGUUGUCGACACACAAUGUUGGCCUACCUCGCGCAGUCCCUCGUACUUUGCUUGAAGCUUACACGCUACCCAAAAGAACUGUCUAUAACCGUUCCACCAU